UCAUCUACCCAUCCAUCAAUACUCCCCCAAUGGCCAAACCAAGCACCCAAAUCCACCGCGCAUGGUGGAAAGAAAGCUCCGUCUACCAGAUCUGGCCCGCCUCCUUCAAAGACUCCAACGAUGACGGCAUCGGCGACAUCCCGGGCAUCAUCUCCAAGCUGGACUACAUCAAGGACAUCGGCGUGGACAUUGUCUGGCUCUGUCCGUCGUACAAGUCGCCCCAGGUGGACAUGGGGUAUGACAUUGCCGAUUACUACAGCAUUGCGGAUGAAUACGGCACGGUCGCGGAUGUGGAGCGGCUGAUUAAGGGAUGUCAUGAUCGCGGCAUGAAGCUGCUGAUGGAUCUCGUUGUUAACCAUACUAGUGACCAGCAUGAGUGGUUUAAGAAGUCGCGUAGCUCGAAGGAUAGUGAGUAUCGGAAUUGGUAUGUGUGGAAGCCGGCGCGGUAUGAUGAGCAGGGGAACCGGCAGCCACCGAAUAAUUGGGUCUCGCAUUUCCAAGGCAGCGCAUGGGAAUGGGACGAGCACACCCAAGAAUACUACCUCCACCUCUACGCCGUCGAACAGCCCGACCUCAACUGGGAGCACCCACCCGUGCGCGAAGCCGUCUUCGACAUCAUGCGUUUCUGGCUCAACAAAGGCGCCAACGGCUUCCGCAUGGACGUCAUCAACUUCAUCAGCAAAGACCAGCGGUUUCCCGACGCGCCGAUCAAAGACCCCCGCACACCCUGGCAAUGGGGCGACAAGUACUACGCGAACGGGCCCCGCCUCCACGAGUACCUCCAAGCCGUGGGCAAGAUCCUGAAGGAAUACGACACGUUCAGCGUCGGCGAGAUGCCGUUCGUGACGGACACGAACGAGGUGUUGCAGGCUGUGCGCUACGACCGCAACGAGAUCAACAUGAUUUUCAACUUCGAGCACGUGGACAUCGACCACGGCCGCUAUGACAAGUUCGAGCCCGGGAGCUGGAAACUCACUGAUUUGAAGGCGUUCUUUGAGCGCUGGCAGACGUUUAUGUAUGAGAAUGAUGGCUGGAAUGCCCUGUACUGGGAGAAUCAUGAUCAGCCGCGCUGUGUGGACCGGUACGUCAAUGCUAGUGAGGAGAACCGCGUGCAGGCGGCGAAGAUGUUGGCUACUGUGUUGGCUUUGAUGUCCGGCUCGCCGUUUGUGUAUCAGGGUCAGGAGAUUGGCAUGUCGAACGUUCCGAAGGAGUGGGGGAUGGAGGAGUAUAAGGAUAUUGACUGUUUGAAUCAUUGGCAUCGCCUCCUCAAAUCCCACCCCACCGACACGGCCACCCAAGAAUCCGCCCGACGAGAAUAUCAAAAGAAAUCGCGCGACAACGGCCGCACGCCCGUUCAAUGGAGCUCCGCUCCCAACGGCGGCUUUACAUCCCCCACUGUCAAGCCCUGGAUGUCCGUGAACCCAAACUACACCCGCAUCAACGCCGAAGCAGCCGUUAAGGAUCCUGCCUCAAUCUACCACUUCUGGGGCGCGGUGCUCGGCCUGCGGAAGAAGUAUCUGGAUGUGUUUGUUUACGGAAACUAUGAGCUUGUGGAUGCUAAGAGCGAGGAGGUCUUUGCUUAUAGUCGGCUGUAUGAGGGGUUGAAGGCUGUUGUUGUGGCGAAUUGGACGGAGGGGACGGUGCGGUGGGAUGCUGCCGCUAAGGGGGUGGCGUCGAAGACUGUGCUGCUGGAUACGUAUGAGGGUGUGGAGAAGGUGGGAGGUAGAUUCUCUGGGGAAACCUGGGAGUUGAGGCCGUUUGAAGCGGUGGUUGUGCUGGUGGAGUAGGGCGGUGGUCU